AUGUCUCCAACAUGCGCGGGAUGCAACAAAAAAAUACCUAAAAGAGAAUUUCUUACUUGUUCGUACUGCCAAAAAAAUUAUGACCUUGAAUGCGCCAAUGUGUCUAGCCAGCGCUUCUACAAUACAAUGACACUGGAACACAAACAGAGGUGGAAAUGCCAGGCUUGUUAUUGUAAGAUGCCGAAAAUUGGUAACGAAAAUACACCAGUAAGAUCUAAAGAUUGUAACAAUAUAGUUGAGGAACAAUGUAAAUCACCUGAAGUUAACAAUAUAACCGUCAGAAAAUGUUCGGUUGUUCAAAGAAAUGACAGUUUAUGCAGUGUGAACUCCGAAAAUACAACGUUCCUGGGUGACGACACUGUUAAUAAUAUGAGAAUUACUAAUAGGCCUGAACUAACGCUGCAAAGUGUAAGCGAAGUUAUUUCUCAAAAACUCGCAGAAAAUAAUAUAAAUGUUAUAUCGCAGUUACGAAAUAUUAUUCAGGAAGAAGUAAAGCAAGCAAUUGAACUGUUAAAAAAAGAAUCGAAACAACAAAUUAAUAAUUUAAGCGAACAAAAUAGGAACCGAAUCUUAGAAAUACAAGAAAUCAAUACUAAAAUAGAUAAUCUGCAAAAAGAAAACUGUUUGUUAAAAAAACAAUUGGAAGAAUUGGGAACCAAGACUAUUUUAUGUAAAGAAAAUAAGUAUCCUGAAAAUGAUUCUAAAAAAAUAGUACUUUACGGAUUAGCUGAAUAUUAUAUGGAACCUGAAAACUACUUAUUGGACCGGAUACACGGAUUAUUUUGGGACCUGAUGGGCGUGGAUCUGACUGGAUAUAUUGAAGAUAUAUCCAGAAUAGGUCGUUACAAUAAAAAUGGUAACCGGCCUCUAGUAAUAGAAUUUAUAAGUAGAAGAAUAGUAAAACAAAUAAUUGAAAAUAGUUACUCUUUGAAACGAAGUGGGCUGUCGGUAUCAGAAUUUCUAGAUAAAACUACCCUAUUAAGGAGGAAGGCUAUGCGGGAGGAAAUGUUCUUGGCUCGUCAGAGAGGGUUACAUGCUGUACUACGCAACAACCAACUAUAUGUAGAUGGGAAAAUAUUUAAUUUUAACCAAAAUCCUAACGCAGAGACUCUUAUCAACACAUCUAUGAAUAAGGAAAAUCAAGGAAAAUUAACUGAGUCAACCCCGAAUCCCCGUAAUAGCUUUGAUAAUAAUUAUUCCUUUCGAAAACAAAGAUUUAAUUAG